GUGGAUCACUGUAAAAAGGAAAAUCAACCAUGCACGUAUUAUACCUUCACCCAAAAUACAUUCUCUCAUUUUCCUUCUUAGUAUUUGUGCAUUAAAGAUUUUCCUGAACUUACCAAAUGGGAAACAUAUUGAUCAGCUUUAAAUUCAAAAGGAUCAUAGUAAAAAUUUCAUCAAGUUAGUAAAGUUUGAGAGAGAAAGAAGAAAAACUCAAGAAAUUUAAUCAUGAACGGUUUCAUCAGUAAUCUCAAUAAUGAACCCUUUCGUGUUUUGAUGUUUCCAUGGUUGGGUUAUGGACACAUCAAUCCCUUCAUAGAGUUGGCCAAAAAGCUUAGCCAGAGAAACUUCAUUAUUUACUUGUGUUCUACGCCAGUAACCUUGAAAUGUGUCAAGAAAAAACUUAGCCCGAAAUUUUCCCAGUCAAUCCAUUUUUUGGAACUUCACCUCAAAAGUUCACCAAAUCUUCCUCCUUGUCACCACACCACCAAUGGCCUCCCACCCCAUCUCAUGAACACACUCAAAGAAGCCUUUGACUCAUCUAGUCCCGAAUUUACCCUGAUCUUGAAAACCGAAAAACCUGAUUUAUUGAUUUAUGAUUUUCUCCAACCAUGGGCUCCUAAGGCUGCUGCUGAACUAGGUAUUCCAGCAGUUGAAUUUAUUAGCAGUAGCUCUACAAUGACCGCGUACAUGUUGCAUGUGUUCAAGAAUCCAGGUAUAAAAUUCCCUUUUUCAUCUAUUUAUUAUCACGGUUAUGAGAUGGCUCGUAUUAAGAAACAAGAAUCAUCUAUCCCCGUGGAAAAGCUUGAGGAAGAUAAAAGGCGAGUUAGAGAAUGUUUCUACCUGUCUUGUGACAUUGUUUUGAUAAAAAGUUUUAAUGAGAUUGAGGGUAAGUAUAGUGAUUAUAUCACUAAUUUAACUGGAAAAAAAGUUGUACCUCUUGGUCCUCUAGUUCAAGAACCUACCCCUGAUGAUGAAAAAUCAGAGUUAAUAACAUGGUUGAAUGAAAAAGAGAAGAAAUCCACAAUUUUUGUAUCUUUUGGAAGUGAGUAUUUUUUGUCAAAGGAAGAUUUGCUAGAGAUUGCUUGUGGGUUGGAAAAUAGUAAGGUAAAUUUUAUAUGGCCAAUAAGAUUUCAAAAAGGUGAAAAUCUUGAACUUAAAGAGGCAUUGCCUAAAGGGUUUUUCAAUAGGAUAGGGAACAGGGGAAAAGUUUUUGAAGGAUGGGCCCCACAAGCACAAAUCUUGAAGCAUCCGAGUGUCGGCGGAUUCGUGAGUCAUUGUGGAUGGAGUUCUGUAAUGGAAAGCAUGAAAUAUGGGGUUCCAAUCAUCGCGAUGCCUAUGCAUAUUGAUCAACCAAUUAAUUCUAGGCUCGUUGAAGAUGUUGGCGUUGCUGUGGAAGUUGUUAGGGAUAGUAAUGGAAAUCUUCAUAGAGAGGAAGUUGCAGCCAUAAUCAACCAAGUGGUACUUGACAAGGAUGGUGAAUUUGUAAGGCAGAAGGCAAAGGAUAUGAAGGAAAUGCUUUGUUCCAAAGGAGAUGAAGAAAUUGAAGAAGUUGCCAAGGAGUUAGAAAAGCUUUGUGCUAAGAACAUUCAUAAUUAAUACUAGCUCUUUUUAUGUAUUUAUUUAUUUAAUGUAGAUGCUUAAUUAUAUUAUAUAGUUUUAGUAGCUAUCUAGGUA